CCGAGACAGGCGGGGGUUUUAUGUUUUAUGUGUGGUAGGCGGAACCCUAACCUUUCGUCGAGCGGAUUGACUUGAUGGACUUUUCUUCUACUUCGGGUCCAGCCUAACCAACGUUUUGUUGGCUUCCUUCCCUACACCCCCCCACCCCCACCCCUCAAAUUUAAGCAUACACCCAAUUUCGCGUACCUAUUAUUAUGAUCACGCGUGCGGACCCAAUAUGGUUCGGCUAAAAAAGGUCUUGCUUCCUUCUCUCCGCGUGUGUGCGUUAUCAAUAUCCAUUUAUGUUGGAAUGUGGGGGCUUUGUGUCUCUUCGCCCCACCCCUCACCCCCCCGCACCGCACCCCCCCCUCUUCUGCUCUCCUCUUCCUAUGGCUGGCUUUGAUAAUACCUUGGGUGCGCUAUUGGUCGGUGGGCUCGUGGCCAUGGCGUUGUGGGGCAUAACGUGUGUGCAGACGUAUACGUUCUUCACGACGAAUCAGAGAGAUCAGGCGGCCUUCAAGUUGCUUAUCGCGUUCCUUCUCGUCUUGGAUACGUUCGACUCGGUGUUGAACGGGCACAUUCUCUAUUUCUAUCUCGUCAAGAACUAUUUGAACCCUUUGGCUAUAUACGCGCCGACUUGGAGUGUGAUCCUCCAUGUAGCGAUCACGUCGAUCUCCGAUUUUAUAAUCCGGAGUAUGUUCGCUCGCCGGGUGUACCGAUUGAGUAAUGGGAAUAAAGUGAUAACGCUGUGGAUUGCGGCGGUAUCGGCUACGGACUUAGUCUGUGGGAUCGUGAUCACCGCUAAAGCGUUUGGGAUCUCGAGCUAUCUCGAGCUGGAUACACUCUCGUCGCUGUUGUACUUGAACUUUGCAGCUGGUACCACGAGCGAUGUGAGCGUUGCGCUCGCAUUGUGUUAUUAUCUCUACAUCUCACGUACGGGGUUCCCGAGGACCGACUCACUGAUAACUAUUCUCAUGGCGUACACGGUGAACACCGGAUUGGUCGUCGCCGUCGACGCCGCAUUAGGCAUCCUUACGUAUGCUGCGAUGCCGCACAACCUCAUAUUCCUCGGCUUUUACUUGCUCCUAAGCAAACUCUACCUAAACUCGUACCUUGCCAGCCUCAACGCCCGACAAGGGCUGCGCGAAAUGAGCAACCAGCCAGUGUCUAUCCAGUUCACAAACUUUGCCCAAUCUUCCGGCCGGUUCACGAAUGCGAGUGAAGCGAUCACAUCCGACGGCACUGUCACUCGAAACGGGUAAUUUGCAGAAGAGAUCCCUGCCAGAUAGUAGCGCCAGUUCGAACCCUUCUACGCCCAUCACUGCAACGACGGCGACGUUGACUCCGGUUCUGGCAGUGUGAAAUCCAGCCGCCGGCCGGGGGGUGUCG